GACACAUAGGCACUAGAUAUUAUGCACAUGGAGGCGUUACAACAUGAUAUUGUCAUACCGCUAAUAGUUCAUAUGCCCUUACAGCCUUAUAGCCUUAGGUUUCUUGUAGUUAUUCUACCACCUACUCUCUUAUUCCCUUCCUUCUUUACAAUAUUAUCACCUUAUUGCCUUAGUUACUUAUCCCCUUAGCUCCUUAUAGCAUUCGCCUUCUAUAACGUUCUUCAUUAUACUCUUAGCCCAUUAUUGUCUUACUUUUUUGUAGCCUUAGUCUCUUAUUGUGACUUCCUCUCAUAGCCGUACCUCUUCAAGGUCUUAGCUCCUUAUUACUUUACUCCUUGAAAGCCGUGUACCCUAAUAACGUUCUCUCUAUUUUAGUCUUACUCCUUUAUACUUAGGGCAUACCAAAAGUAGUGGUGCCAAUAUCUCAAUUUCUUAUAGAUCGCAUGAAAAAAUUUUCUUUUUUUAUGAACAGAUAGAGCGUCUUUCGCUCUAUUGUUCUAUGCUAUUUGAUCACUAUUCAAUUGCUAUCAUAAUAAUAAAAUUUUGAUAACUAUUUUUCUGUAUGGCUACACUUUGCAUUCCAAUUUUCAAUCACUUAAUAGGCUGUAUCAGAAAAAUAAAAUAUACCACUAGAUGCAGCGUGAAAAGCUCUACAAUUUACAUAAGAUCGCUUAUUUUAUAGUUGUACCUUUUGUUAUUAUAAUGAGCAAGAUUUUGAGCGAUCAAUUUUUGACCUGGCAAAAACGAUAUAUUUUCUGCUACAAGAUCAAUUGAUUUUUUCUUAUUUCAUCGUUGUAUCAUCUGGUAUCUUUUAUUAAAAAAAAACAAAAUACAUCAAAAGAUGCAGCAUGAGAAGGGCUACAAUUUGUAUAAGAUCUCUUAUUUUAAUAGCGUACUUCUUGUUUCCAAAAAAAGUAAAAUUGUCUCCAACUAUCCCGAAAAAAAUCAUCUUUUUCUAUAUGAAGAGAAAUUUCUUGUUCUUUAUCUGAAAUAUAAAAUAAGCUGUUCUUGAAAAAUUGUAGAGCUUUUCACGCUGCAUCUAGUGGCAUAUCUUCUUUUUUAAUAAAAUCUAUUAAGUAAUUGAAAAUUGAAAUCCAAAAAAUGCACAGUGUGACCAUAUAAUCUGCCUCACAUAUUAGUGAAGUUGUACACAAAAAUAGUUCUUAUCGAAAUUUUAUUGUUAUGAUAGCAAUUGAAUAGUGAUCAAAUAGCAUAGAAAAAUAGAACGAAAGACGCUCUAUCUGUUCAUAAAAAAAAGAAAAUUUUCUCAUGCGGUCUAUAAGAAAUUGAGAUAUUGGCGCCACUACUUUUGGUAUGUCCUAAGUAGCUCUGGCCCUUAUAACAUUUUCCCUUGUUAUCUUCUUCCUUAUAGCCUCACCCCUUUCUGUUCUUACGUUCUUACUGCCUAACUUCCUUAUUACCUCACCUCUUUUUAUAGCGUCUCUCCUUAUAGUCCUACUUCGUUGCUGUUUUAUUCUCUUAUAGUCAUAUCCUCUUGUAACUUCAUCCAUUACCGCCUUAUUUCAUCUUUGACCUUUCAUCUUUGACCUGACACAGAGACACACACUGAAUAUUAUAUAUAUAGAUAUUGCCUUACUUACUUCAGAACUUAUAGAUACUCCAAUAUCAUAGUUCUUGAGGACCUAUGAGUACCUUCAUAUAACAGCCCUUGACGACCAUGGAUACCAUUAUAUAAUAGUUCUUAUAGGGACCUAUGGGUGUCCCAAUAUAGCAGUCCCUAUAGCCUUUUUGACCUUUGACUUCGCACAGGCACACUGACACACACUGGACAUUACAUAUAUGUCAUAUCAAAGUUGCAACUUCGACAAUAAAAUUUGUCGAAGUUAGUUUUAUUUCAUUUAUCAAUAUCAAUAAAUAAUUUACUAAAAUAGAAUAUCGUAUUGCUGAGUAUAUGAUAAGAUUUUUUUGCCAAUAAAUAUUCCUUAUUCAACAAUAGAAAUUAUUCAUAUAUUACGAGAAAAAAAAUAAUUAUCACGUUAAUGUUUCUUGAUUUUUAUUUAGAUUUAUUUCCAAUAAAUAUGGAGAUAGAUACGAUUCUAGCGUUUGAAAAAAUAGUUUAAUGUGAAAGAUUACACAUGAAUAAAGAUGAAAAAAAAGUUCUUAUGGGAGUAGAGUAUUCACUCUUUAAUUAAUAAAUACAAUCAACCCACUGAAAAGUUUUUCAUAUAAAAGUGUACAUAUUUCGUAUGACAUUAAGUCUAAAACAUACACUAGGAAUAGAACGAUUUAUCCAAAAAAAUGAAUUAAGGCUUAAACUGUACAGCUUGAAAGUCUCAAUAAGAAUAUUAUACCGUAACAGAUAAAUUUAUUCUGAAUAUUAAUUGAUGAGCAUAUGCAUUGGCUGAAAUAAUAUAUCAUUCAGUUGUACAUGAACAUAAGUACAAAAGAGAAUUAUCAAUGAUCAAAUAUUUUCAAUAUUUCAGUAAAUACCAGCUACAUUUCGAUUAAUAAUCAGCGUGAUCUUAUUGAGCAUACCUAUUGCUCGGGUCUUAGGAUCUUAAAUGAUCUUUGUCAAUGGGAUGAUUUUACUACAUUAGUAUUAGCUCGCGAAGAAACUCUUUAUGAUUAUCUAUAUAAAUACUGGUGACGCUUUGUCCACCAUCUUCUGAACUCGGAUGAAGGUCUUGCUUUCCAACAAUCUUGGAAUGCUUAUCUAAUUAUUACCACACUGAACAGUUGGAGGAAGACAUUAAAUUUCAGACGUAAUAGUGUAUUUCCUCGUGGACUUAUCAAACAGGCAACACACUGUUUGAUUGAGUGGCUAACGUUCGAAGAAGUUCAUAAAACACCAUAUGAAUAUUUCAAGAAUAAAAAUGAAUAUAUAGACGAUUAUGUUUACAAGUACUUUUUGCAGUAGCCUCCGAUGUCAAACAGGACAUAUAAAUCAUAAGUCAGAGCGAUCACUGUACAUCUUAUACUCAGUCUAGAACCACAUAUGCUUGAAUAUAUACUAUUAUUUGUCGUGUUGUUCUUGUCAAAAUGUACUAUUAUAGGUUUAUGUGAUAUACAGUGGUAUUUUUCUCUCUCUGUUCUGUCUUAUUUUUAUUUUCAUUUUUAUUUCAAUUUUUUGUGUUGUUUUCCAUCCAUACUGUUGGUACUAUAUAAUUAUUCGUUAUACAUGUCAUUGUACUAGUCUCUUUUUUUUUCUAGCUAUAUUUUCAUAUCUGUGAACCAGGUACAACAUGGCACAGUAAAAUAAAUGAAAAAAAAAACAGCUACAUUUCGAUUAUUUCCUGUUACACAUUUUUUAUAUUGAUUUAUUUAUCUUCAAUUUUCUUCUCGCAACUUAUGAACAAUUUCCAUAGUUGAAUACAUGGUAUUUAUUGGCAAGAAAAUUUUUUUAUAUAUUCAGCAAUACGAUAUUCGAUUUUAGUAAACUAUUUAUUGAUAAAUGAAAUAAAACUAACUUUGACAUAUUUUAUUGUCGAAGUUACAACUUCGUCACAGUUAUACGACAAAGUUGUAACUUCAAUACAACAUAUAUGUAGAUAGUUUCUAUUCGGAAAAUUCUAUUCGUAUCCACUUAGUAGACAUGAUUUUUUUUGCAAUAAGUUUUUAAUUAUCAGUGCUUAAUAAGGAGAGAAACCUUAUUAAAGGUCCAUCUGAAAUAAUUAUCUAUUCGGACAUAGAAUUGUAUCCUGAAAUCUUCUAUUAUGCGACAAGAGUUAUUAUCGACGUAGAAACUCGCAUUUUGCUAGCUAUUAUCUAGUUUGCUUUCGUUCGUUUAAAGAAUAGAUAAAUUUUCGUAAACAUUGGCUGUGGUCCAAGUAAUCACGUUCUAACCGGUUUUUACUUAUAAAAGACACUAUAUGCUUGUUUACCUCUACUUUGCCUUAGCCGAAGAAAGAUCAGACAAAAUAUGCUUACAACUUCACUUCUACUGAUAAAAUGUUUCACUCACUUGUAUAUAAUUAAACGCCGAUAUAUUAUUCUAAAAUCUAUGAAUUUAAUAUCGAAUUAGAUACAUUCGAACAUAGAAGCUUUAAGACCGCAAUCGAAAUCAAGGUCGAUUUAAAAUAGCUACGAAACUAGCUAAUGCCAUCUCUGACUGAAGUAUAGAGUAAAAAUUUGUAGUCAGUUUUCUCGGAAACUGUAAUAGACAUUUUGCUUAAAUAACUAAUUAAACUCUAUGGAAUAACUGAUUUAAGUCUAAUUAAUAAAUAAUUAAUUUCUAAUCGAUGGCCUAGUAAAUAUAUAAUUAGUAGAUCAUUAUUUACUUAGUAAUAUAUAUGUGAUUUCAAGAGCAAAGACCAAGAGAUAAAUCUGAGAUUGUCGAUCCGGAUGAUGACGUAUAGCAAGAGAGAGAAAGAGAUACAGUCAUAUCUACAUAAAUACGCUAACACGCACCGCGCUUACGUUCACACUCAAUCAAAAGCUGCCAUCGAGACUUAUAUCUGUACUAUAGAACUAUACGCCACCUUUCGUUCUAUUGAUCUUAUGGAUUUAAAAUGAUAAGCCAAAUAAUACGAUAUUUCUUUUUUCUUUGUUUCUAUAGCCGUUAAAAUAAUGAAUGUUCAUAUAUAAAAGAUAAAAACUGAGUCUUAAUUACUUUGUUUUGUGUAAAUGAAAAUUUUUACGUUAAAAUUCUUUUAGAUUACUUGAAUUAUCAAAACAAAAAAUGGAUCAUUUUAAACGACCAUUAGCUGUUAGUCAAUCACCUGAAGGUGAAAAAAAGAAAUGUCGAAAUGAAUAUAAUCGAUCAAUAUCUUGUAUUGAAGAUUUACCUAAUGGAUUUUUCUAUGAAGCAUUUGAUUAUCUCGGUGGUUAUGCAAUAUACAAAGCUUUUGCAAAUCUGAAUAUUCGUUUUCAAGAACUUCUCAAUUCUUCUUCUCUUUUGUUUAAAAUUGAACUUCAUAAUCCAACACAUGAUGAAUUAUUUAUGAAUAAUUAUAAAUCAUUUCUUUGUUUAAAUAAACACAAAAUAUUAUCAAUCAAGUUAUGGUUACGACUAGACAAUGAUAAUUUUUUUUCGUUGUUUGUAAUAAACUCAUCAUUAAGUCAUCUAGAAUCAAUAUUUGUUGAUGGAAUUUCAACAAAUACACUUAUUGCACUUCUUAUUAAUUUAGCUUGUUUGCCUCAAAUUUUCUCUUUAACAUUAGAUGCAUGGAGUAGUUCAGAUAAAUCAAAUGAAAUUUAUCGAUUAAUAUUUGCCUUACCAAAAUUAAAGUCGAUUAAACUCACUCUUGAUGAAGAUGAUAUUUCAAUAACACUUCCAACUGCUACUAAUAAAAAAUCUACUACUAUCGAAUACCUUAUUAUCGAUCAUUCUUGUACUUUGAAAGAAUUAUUUAUUAUUCUUUCAUAUACACCUGAAUUGUGUCGUCUAAAACUUUCGUUUUUGAACCAGAUCGAUACAACAAUUCAUAGAGUAUUACCAAUCACGCUAUCAAAUUUAACACAUCUGGUGAUAGAAACCAGAGACCGUCACAGGGCAGGGCCGCCCUGCCCUGUCCUGUCCUGGUAGCAGGGCAGGGCACAUUUUCGAGUUUUUGCCCUGUGUUCUGAUAAAAAUCUUUUGAAAAAUCUAAUUCUAAUCGAUUUUUCCGAUUAAAAAUCGAUAACACUAGCACUAUUUUGAUCCAAUUUUAGUUCAAUUAUCUAAUUUUUAAUACCUUUUGGUCGAGUAGAACUGAUUUUUAAAAAACAAUUUUUAAUUGAUUAAAUGGUAUCUAUAGCUUAAAAUUGACUAGAACUCUAGUCAAAUUUGUUUCCGUCUGUAUAUCUCAAGGAGUAUCUAUAUCAUACAACUUUUUUGCUCCAGAAGAACAAGAAGUUUAUGAACAUGGAAAAAAAUGUUUACUAAGAAAACCAAAUCAAAAGUUUUCUUGCAAUCUGAAGACCCGACUUGAAUCGGCUUAAUUGAAAAUAGUCGAUUUUAACUUAAAAACAUUUUCCCAUGAAUAGAAAGACAUCCUAUAUUAAAAUACUAUAAGCAAGAGAAGUUUCACAGGGCGUAAUAGCAGGCCAUGAGUUUUCCUGACUGUUUUACGGUAAUUCUGCAAAUUUGCAAGGUGUAGCAUCUAAAAACCUAGGUGUGAAAUAAACAACAAUGUUUUGUGAUUUAAAGCAGUUUUUUUCUGGCAAAAGUAUUUUCCAAGUAAUAUUUCUGAUGUUUUGACACAUGAUCGAUAAAAGCUCCUCUGUAAAUAUCAGGAAAAUUCUUCAAAAACCGUCAAUUUUUUUAGGUAAAUGCUAGCAAAAAGCUAGUUCGCAAUACAAGACCAUCUUUGGAAAAGCGAUGUGAGUUUCGAUAAUAGAACGCUAUUGGCUUUUUAUUCCAUUGAACUAGAGGUAUUACUUUAUCUUUUUGUUAUAAAAUAAAUAUAAAUACGACCAUCGUAUUCAUAAAAUAAACACAAAUGAAUUCUUUGUUUUUCAAAAAUAAAAAUAAAGAGA